AUGAAAUCCCAUGUAGCACCCGCGCUCCUCGCGCUGCUGGCGACGACGGCAUUGGCAGACGUGCUUCGGAUACCAGUCUCCAGGAAUUCACCGGGCACCGUCACAACACGAAAUCCCCAUCUUUCCAAAAGGGCCUCUUUCGCCGAGUCCCUGGUCAACAAUAUCACAGGCGGCGGAUACUAUGCCAGCGUUUCUGUUGGUACCCCGGGCCAAGACAUUGAUAUGGUCUUGGACACAGGGAGUAGCGACGCCUUUAUAAUAGCCAGCGACGCAGACCUGUGCGUGAGCCCGAGGUUACAGCUACAGGAUCAGACGUCGUGUGGGCAGACAUUCGAUCCAUCCCAAAGUUCCACAUACGAGGUCCUCAUACCUGGUGGCUUUCAAAUACAGUACUUGGACGGCAGCACUGCAUCAGGAGACUACAUCGCCGAUCACUUCGAGAUUGGCGACACAGUCAUUGAAGCAUUACAGAUGGGCCUUGCCAACGAAACAGCUUCAGGCACGGGAGUUCUUGGAAUCGGUUUCACUGCUAAUGAGGCGGCGGAGGUCGCUUAUCCAAAUCUCGUGGACGAAAUGGUGGAGCAGGGCCUCAUCCCCACCAAGGCAUACUCUCUCUACUUGAACGACUACCAGUCAUCCACCGGUAACAUCCUGUUUGGUGGUGUGGACACGGAGAAGUUUAUAGGCAGCCUGACCGUCAUACCCAUCCUGCCGGACGCACAAACCGAGAACUAUACCAGUUUCUCGGUAAACAUGACCGCGGUCUCCUUUGCCUUCCCCAACGGGACGACAUACAACGCGACCUUGCAGGACAACGGCCUCAAUGCGGUUCUGGACUCCGGGACUACACUCUCAUACUUCCCUGACGACCUCGCGGCGCCGUUCUUCAAGGCCCUUGGUGCCUACACAUACAGCUCCCUUGGCUCUACCGGCCUCACCAUGGUCGAGUGCAGCCUCCUCGACUCGGGGCUGAACCUCACGUUCCGCUUCAACGACUCGGUCUCAAUCACGGUGCCGGCCGACGAGCUCGUGAUCGACGCCUUCGGGGACUACCGCGGCGCGAUCCCGGCCUCAAUCCCGCUGGAGAGCCCCUGCCUCUUCGGGAUCCAGAACUCGGGCGACUCGCUGCCAAGCGAGAACGCGCGGCAGAUCGACUUUGCGCUGCUGGGAGACACGUUCCUGCGCAGCGCGUACGUCGUGUACGACCUCGACAACAGGCAGAUCGCGCUGGCGCAGGCGAACCUCAACAGCACCGACACCAACGUCCAGGAGCUGACUGAGACGUCUGACCUGGCUUCCUUUCAGGGCGUGGAGGAGCAGCAGCAGCAGUCGAGCGGCACGUCUGGUGGCGGCAGCACGGGGACGGGCACGGGUUCUUCGGGGAGCAGUACGGGUACGUUGUUUUACCGGAAGGAGUGUGACUGCUGCAAGCACAAGCACGAUUUCGAGCCCGGGCAUGAGCCUGAGCGUUACCUCGAGCCCGUCUAG